CGUGCACAGCAACUGGCUUCCGGCAGUGGUGCUCCUAUUCCAUGCAAAUCAUGGAAAUAUAUGAACACAUUAAGUUUUUUGGAUGGCUACAGUGAUUCUCGAGAAACGUUCUAUUUCAACAAAAGACCAGUACAAAUACUUAUCCAGAAGGUUAUUACACUCCUCCAAAUGCGACAAAACAAAAAAAAGGAAUGCAGCAAGGGAUACCGUUAGCGAUGUGUUCACUGUCAUGAUGAAGGAGUGCGUGGAUACAGUGAAAGAGUUUGCAGCCGUUCCCACAGAACACGAGGGUGCAACGUCACUGUUAUUCCAAAGCUUGGCGAGGAACAUAAGUGAGGCUAACCUAACCCCUCAACGCAUACGACAAAUUGAGGCGAAAGUAGUAGCCUUAGUGUAUAGUGAAUUAGGAAACUAGAAAUUACAUGU